AUGGCGGGGCGGCUGCUGCUGGCGCUGCGCGCCUGGAGCCGGGCGGGCGGCGGCGGCGAGCCGGGCCCGCAGCUGGCCCUGGGCUUCAGCGAGGAGCAGGCGCGGCGGGCGGCGGCGGCGGAGCAGCAGCUCCUGCUGCUGGGCCUGAGCGGCGAGGCGGCGCGGCGGGCGCUGCGGGGCUGCCCCGGCCUGCUGCGGCUGCCGCCCGCGCAGCUGGAGGCCCGCGCCGGCCUCCUGCGGCGCCUGGGGCUCGGCCGAGGUGAGCUGCCGGCCGUGCUGGGCGGCUGCCCGAGCCUCUUCAGCCUGCCCCGGCGGCAGCUGGAGGCGGUGGUGCGGCUGCUGAGGGAGAGCUGCCUCUUCACGGCGGAGCAGCUGGCGGAGGUGCUGCGCACCUGCCCCGGCGUGCUGCUGCAGGACCCGCGCCACCUCCACCACCACUUCCAGUACGCCUACUUCAGGAUGGGAGUGCAGCAGAAGGCGAUGGUGAAGGCCCGGCUCUUCCGCACGCCCUUCGCUGAGCUCAGGAACCGGCACGGCUUCUUGGAGCGCCUGGGCCUCUACCAGCCCCCCCGCAAAGGCCAGACCCCCGUCAGCACCCCCCAACUGAAGGCGAUCCUUCACCUCCCGGAAGGAGACUUCCUGGCCAGCCUGGCCCGCUCCACCCCAGAGGAGUACGAGGUCUUCAAGAAGCUGUUGGCUCGGGAGGAGGAGGAAGAGAUGGAAGAGGAGGAGGAGGAGGAGGAAGAUGACAGGGAUGCGCUGUACGCGGAGGGAGAUGAGGACUCGGACAGCGAAGGUGCAAAGAGGUGAUGCUCCAGGGGUCCCAGAGGUCUCCCACAGCGCAGGGCAGAGCUGCGGCGCUCCCCGGCCGCGCUGGGCCACCGCCGACCGCGAGCGAGAGCCGUGGCAGGGCGGGGGGGGGGGGAGGAGGAUGGGGCAGGGGCCCGGUCGCGUCCCGCUGACCGCGGGGCUGCAAUAAAUCACGUGCCCUGCACGGCCGGCCGCCUCCUCUGCUCUGCUCGCCGCGAUGCCGGGGGCAGUGGUGGGAUCCCGCUGGGGUUGGGGGGGGGGGCUGCAGGGACAUGGGGACUCGGAGGAGCUGGGGCCGGAGCUGGCAGAGGAAAGCACCCAGCUAGCAGCAGCCUCCGGCCGUCGAGGGGCCGGGAACACGCGUUGCUGCUCGAAUGAGCCGCUUUCCUUCCCCCCCCCCCCCCCACCAGCUGCUUUAAAAAACACCCAGUUUCCAUAAAGUAUUUUUUUAUUAUUAUUCAAAACAAAACCAAGCAACUAAUUUAUUUCAAAGAGCCAGGUUAAAACCUGUUGGCUGUGUCACCCACCGCGCUGGAUUUGGCGUUGGGGGGGUGGCGGGGGCCGCGGGGUUGCACUGGGCCUGGAAGCGGUGGUGUCGAGCUGGCGGCGGUGCCGAGCUGGUGACGCUGCUGGCCGGGAUGGCGCUGGGCGGCCGCUCUCCCCGCCGGCUGCGCAGGAAGGCUGGCGGCGGCCGCACCAGGGUCCCCCUGGUGCCCGAGGGGCUGCCCCGAAACGGCAGUCUGCCACACACGGGCCCUCCGAGCGGAGCCCCAAAAGAAGGAUCCGGCCCAAACGUUUCUCCCUUCUGGCUGAUAACAGGUUUUUCUGUAUAUUCCUUCCCCCGCCCUGCUCCUUGCACUGCUCUUUCAGGCACGCGUUGCCCCUUCCUCAUGCUGCCACCACCUCCUCCUCCUCCUCCUCCUCCUGCGCAGCCGGGCUGCUGCCGGGAGCUGCUCUUCCCGGCCCGGCCUGCGCCGCUCUCCGCAGCUGCCGGGAGGGCAAGGAUGCCUGCCGGGAGCGGUACAAGCUCCUGGGCCUGUUCCACUCCAGCAGCAUCCUCCGGGUGACAGGACCGUAUUUGUAAGAGUUCCCUGCGGUGCCAGCUGGAGGGGAGGCCGGCUGAGUGCCACGCUGGGCCGGGCAGCCCCUCCGGGGGUAACUUCCCACCAGAUGCGGCCCUCGGCCCUGCUCAGGAAAUAACACUCUAUACCAUAACUAUGAUAUAUCUCUGGUAUGUAUUAAUUUAGCAUAUACACCGUGUACGUUAAUACACAAAUCUAUGGUUUAA